AUUGUUUGCUGAAUGUUUUUACAAAUUAUAAAUUUUAACGCCUCAUCGUAAAUGGAUUUCAGGGCGCCAAGCCAGGAAGUGGGUGAUGAGGAGAACCAGGGUGUCCCGGAGAAAUUCAAAGAUGGGGAACUGCCAAGAGUUGUGUCGAUAUUAAAAUCUUCACAGAGAGCAAACUGCCCCUUGGAAAAGAAAUUAACUAAAGUAAGGUUAUGUCUAUUGGAACUGUGGUUGUCUUUUUGAUCAUGGACAUUUUUCGCCUACCCACAUCAAAAUUCGUGGCUAAAAACUCUCUAGUUUUCAUUUCAUCGACAUGUAAACGGGACUGGUCAUAAUAUUUAAUUGCUCGGGUCAAUCGAGUACGUAUGAAGUAACAAGAUUACAGUAGUUUCUGAUGGAAAAAAUCUUAGGGGCAUGGUAGCUUUGCUUUAUAAUAACGGGAAGACUUCCUAGCUAGAAAACAGAAAGGAUAAUUUCUUUUAUUUUCAUUUGCCUCCUCAACACUUAAAUAAUCACUAAUUAAUUGGCGUGAUCUUUGGAUGGUAAAAUUCUGAUGCCGACAAUAUCUUCUGAUUCAUCACAAGUAGCACCGUUGGAUGCUCUUAGACUCAUGGUACUUGUGUACAACAUGUAAAAGGUCAAGUUCACACAUUUAGACCUGAUGAUGAAUUUAACCAUCGUUUUUUUCAAAAUAUACAUUAUAGAUGUUGUCAUGACUUCCUCAGCCAUUUUACAUGAAACUCAUGAAACUUUUAUUUGUUCCCAUGAUAGCUGAUUUGUCUUCAUUUACUGAACAUGUUAAUGCUACUUGGUAGAUUCUUUUACUGAUCACCAUUUGGUCAAGAAAGUCCCAGGUGAACAGUAUGAAAGACUGGAAAUAGAUUUUCCUUUAUGUGUGUAUGGCUUCAAAAUAAGUUUGAGGCAUUUUCCCUACAAAUGACAGAUUCCUGAUUUAUUGGGAUAUACUGGACAGCUGAUAGGCAUCUCUAUCCAAGAUGUAAUUGUAGUAAAGCUUUCCUAAAACUGACAAUCACAUUUAAAAAAUUGAAAGCUACAGAAUGCAAAAUUUUCCUCUUGAUUCAUGGUUUUGGUGUAUUUACAUCUUUUUCCUUUUUCUUCAGGUCUCAUUCAAAAAUUCUCCUGCACGGCACACAAUCCCUCACAAAAGAGAAGAAAAUACUGCUUGGGAGGAUAUUCGUAAACUUGACGAAGAACAGAACUGGACAGAGAGAACCCAAGUUGUGACCAAGGAAGAGCAUAAUUUUUACACUGAAACAGCCAAGGUAAGAAAUGAAGAAUUUAGUUCUACUGAGUACUGAUCUUCCUGUCCCUCUUUAAAGUGUAUGUUCAUAUUGAUUUUAAUGCUGUGUCUGAAAUUUUUGUAGGAGUUACUUGACCAGCUUAUAGCUGAUUUACCCUGCUUUAGGUAAGUUGAGAGAUAUUGGUUGUAGUUUAUAACAAGCUUAUUGAGAUGGAAAUCUCCUGGUAUGCAUCUGGAGCUACAUGUGAUAACAACAUGGUCUAUAAAGAAUAUAUACUGUAUAUAUACAUCAGUUUUCAAAAAACAUUAAAAUUUUAAAAUAUACAUGAAAUAUGUAAACCUUUUGUUUAUACACAUUUCAUAUAUUUUUUUUCAAAUUGCAAUGUUUUUGAAAAUAGGUGUAUAUAUAUAUAUAUAUAUAUAUAUAUAUAUAUAUAUAUAUAUAUAUAUAUAUAUAUAGGAAGUCUGCAAGUCGAUUUUCGCGUGGAAAAGUGCUCAAUACAUUGAAGCAGAGCAGAAUAAAUAUUAUGAGAGGAAAAAAGGACGUAACUACAUUUCCCGACAAGCCUGUUUCGUGAAUUGCUCUUCAAGGGUUUAAUUCACUCUUCAGGGGUUUAAUGGAGAGUGAAGCAAUUCACGAAACAGGCCUGUCGGGCCAUCCCUCCUUCCCCUCACAACACCUACUCCGCCCUGCCUCAACGCACUGAGCACCGUUCCACGCGAAAAUCGACUCGCAGACCUCCCAAAUAUAUAUAUAUAUAUAUAUAUAUAUAUAUAUAUAUAUAUAUAUAUAUAUAUAUAUCGCUUCACUCUCCAUUAAACCCCUGAAGAGUGAAUUAAACCCUUGAAGAGCGAUUCACGAAACAGGCUUGUCGGGAAAUGUAGUUGCGUCCUUUUUUCCUCUCAUAAUAUUUAUAUAUAUAUAAAAAUCAGGGCUCAAGGUCAAUUUUUCACUGAGUCCCCUGCUGAUGUUUGUUUGUUUCCUUUUUUUGUCAAAUCCAUUGGUCACCAAUUGGUGACUUUUGGUGGAAUUUUUCACUUGCCAUGGUGAACAAAAUGCUUGUUUGAACAAGCAAACAAUUUUUCAGCAAUGAUAAUAUAGGAUGACUGCAUUGAGAAACUUUGUUACUAAAACAUUUCUGCUCACUGGACCUGUUUGUUAGUUUUUUAACAUGUAUCUCUUUGUCUGUUGACAUCUGUUGUAAAUGAAGAGAAAUUGUAAAGUUCUGUUGCACAGCUGACAGUUCCAGAUUUUAACAAUGUUAGUUUCUUUGCAAGGUUUUUCCUAAUUUCUUCAGUUAUCAGCUUUACCCUUCAACUCCCAUGGGUGACCAAGGCAGAUUUUCUCCUUACAAUAUCAAUACAAUAUCAAGCAAACAAGUGAUGAGAAUAACAAAAAAUGUCAACUCUGCAAAUAUUAGUUGAUCCAAUACCAAAUUCUCCAAACUAACAUUUUAAAAUUGUAUGAGAUCUCCAAGACUAAGUAUGAUCCUUGAUCUGCUGAUGGCUGCUAUGAUGGUUUGUUUAGCAUUCCAUUAGCGCAUCUGACAGAACUGCACUAUAUAACCAUCCAGAAUUAAUAUUUUUCACAUAGUUUUAAUUUUUGUAGGGGGCAAUCAGGCACAGCUAUAAGCAUGACAACUAAUGCUGACCACCCAGAGAUUGAUGGAUCUGAGAUGCCUGUCGGCAAUAUCACGCAAGGGUCCGAAGGGCAUCAGAAUGGACCUAAUGAUGAUUUAGAUACAGAGCUCAUGUCGGACUUUUCAAAGCUACAAAUUAACAGUAAUGACUGUCCGCGCACAUUUUCACCAAUCGGUAGUGAAAGGGCAUCACCUGAUGAGCAAGGUCUGCAUGAAAUGAAAUAGUAAAUAAUUUUUUGGAGUAAAUUUAACCCUUUAACCCCAAAGAGUGACUAGCAUUUAAUUUCUCCUUAUAAUAUCACCCCUGAAUCACAGAUUAUGGUCAUGAGAAAAAAGGAAAUGAUCACCAACCAAAGAAGCUCUUGAUUGUAAAACAAAGUCUCCUUGUCAACACCUUUGGAAAUAUAUAAAAAAUGUGUUCAGAACUUUGUGGAGAAUAUACAGUUACUGAUUUUAGGACAUAAAGGGUUAACUUUAGCCAGCCAAUGAUGUUAGAAUCAGUUCUAAAAAGUACUUAUUUUCUGUCUUUGAGCACAAUUUACAAAGCAUAGCAGCUGGUGCUAUAAUACCUUACUCUGGUUAGAUGUGCAAUUUUUUCUGGGUCUUAAAUGUUUCUUUCGAAACUUAGAAGAAAAUUAUGCUUUUUGAAAUGAUAAAAAUUGAACUGUGAAGUUAAUAUUACUAUGCGUGGUUAUGGGAUUGUCAACUUGAGUUGAAGCUUGUUAUUUCAAUAAUUACUGAACCUUAGUUAUUGUUCCUUUCAGAGAACUUCAUAGACAGUAACGAAGACAUCAACAAACUCCUUGCUCCGCAUGAAAAUGACAACAUAGAAGAUGAUGUGUUGUCCACAGGAAAUGCUCACACUGACAAUUUACUUAAGGAGAUAACCAGUGAGGAACACUCGUAUAAGUCAGCUGAACUGUUUUCAGUGAACCCCUCUGAGCUUGAAAAUGAGUUUCAAGAGAGAAAUACACUGAAUGAAGAUGUGAUAAGUGGUGAAAAGACAGAGGAUGUUCAAGCUCUGUUUGAAAAAGAUGCAGUAAACCAAGUAGAGGUUGAUGAUCAGUUCGGAGAUGAGGCAUUUAAGCCAGCCAGUGAAGGUAAUAACUUUGAAGCUGUAAGGAUAUGAAAGUGUUUUUACCCUUUACUAUCUAACAUCAGUAUGGACAUUCUCCACACUUUUCUCUUUACAUUUUCUGAGUUGCUGACAAGGAGAACAUGUUCAACAACCAAGAGCCUCUUUAGUGGAUGAUCAUUUCCUUUGUGCUUGUUACAUUCUUUGAUUCAAGGCUGCUAUUGUAAGGAGAAAUUAGAAACUAGUCCCUAAAGGGUUAACUCAAAAUGGUACUGCUGCAUAUUAACUGCCUUUAUUGUUAUAUUUCAACACCAGCCAUGUGGGAGCUUGACUAUUUGGAGCAGUGUGGCAACAACAGUGAGGACUUUCAAAUGGUAAGAGAUGUUCUUAAGUUAAUGUUUCUAAUCUAUUAUCAUAAGAGAAACUGCUAUCACCAUCUAAAAGGAACUAUAACAUUACCAGUGAUUUAAUUGUAGAUUUAAAAGGUUUUAACUUUAAUUUUUUCACUUACAGAUGAAUGCCUUGAUACAGUAGAACCCCUCUAACUGUUACUCUCCAGUGAAAACAAUAAAUAGUUGGUGGGUGUUUGAGCAAAUAAUACAUGACUUUAGUCAUGUAUUAAAAUGGGGUGAAGGGAAAUCAAAUCUUGUUUGAGUUACCUGGGGAAACCCAUUUAAGUUUGCAGGGUUCUACUGUAGAUAUGAAUUAAAAUGAAGUUAACUGAUGGUGUUUUUUGCUAAGGUAAUUUGGUAUUAUCAACUGAGUUGAUGAUGUUAAUCGGCCACUGCAAAGAAUUUUAUAGCUGAUGUUUUGAGUGCCAGCCCAUCGCCAUUUGCUCUGAUGAAGAGCUAAUGCUUGAAAAGUCAGCUUUGAAACUUUAAAUGGUGGCCAAUUUACGUUAUCAACUCAGUUGAUAUACAAUGUACUAAAUUACCUUGUUAUACUCUCCCACCAAUGUAGCAUCAUAGUUUCUUUAGAUAAUAACAAUUAUAAUAACUGUCUUGUCUGAAACACAUUUUUUUUCACAUUCUUACUUUUCUAUUUUAACUGGGAAAAUACACUUUCUCAUGAUAUUUACAAUGAUCAAAGUGCUCUGUGAGCAAACUCGUGAAUUGACACAUGAUUUUGACAGAUGAUGUUUAAUGUUAUCUGGUUUAGGGAAUUUUGUGGUUGAUUGUCAUAUCUAGAGUACGAGCAGUAGUUCAGUGUUCGCUAAUGUAGCAAAGAAACAAAGUAACGUUGGGAUAAGAAGGCAUUACAAUUGAAAUGAUCAUGCUAUUACAUUUGACAAGGUGGAUGAUGUCAUGUGUUUUAAACGUCUAUCAUUUUUGUUACUGGUUCAAAAGAAAAGGUUGGAAGUAAAUGUGGGUGAAAAGUGAAAUUUACUGUCUUUCGCUGUAAAUAUUAGAAAAUCAAGGCAAUACUGUCUUAAUGAAAACAUUAACGAUUCCCUCUUUAUCAAAUCAGACAAACUGGAACUAGUUUUGAGUGAUAUAACUAAGCCAAGCCUGCCACCGUCAUUUUGGAUCUCUGCCUGGGUAAAUUUAAGUCACGUGCUAGGCAAACGUAUAAUAAAUGAAGGUUGUUCUUUAUUUCAGUGUGAAUCCUUGCAUGCCUGCCAGUCUUUUUGAAACUUUUUUAAGAUUAAUCCAAACCACCACUAUUCUUAGCAACAAAGGUGAUUUAUGUUGGUUUACUGCUAUCCUAAAAUGCACUUAAAAUCUAAAAAAAGUUUACUCUCGAAGUGUUUUUAUAAAUGUACAUUGUAUAUUAUACCUUGUGAUGCCUGUCGAUUAAAUGUGGAGUAAAUGUUGUCACUUUUGUCUGUUAAAUCUUGUGUGGAUGUUUUCCAUCACUUUUAAAAUCAGCGGCCCAUUGAAUUCAUGGUACCUGAGUGCCAAAUGGAAAAAGAGGUUUCUUUGCUUUUCAUCAAAGCAGCACCAGACAUUGAUCAUGAAUCAUUAAUGAUGACCUGGGGAGUUUCUCAGUCAAAUGUUUUAAAGUAUAUCACCUUAUUUCCUGCUCAUUGGACAGUGAAAUUGAAGCUGUCACAUCAUUACCUGCUCCUAAUGAUCACUAAAUGAAGGACAUGUCAAAUAAAAGUAGUAAAUACCUCAUUAAGUGUCAGAUUUGAAUGAAAAAAGAUUGUCAAACCUUUUCAACUAAGUAAUUCUGUCACUGAUGAAGAAAUUAGGUAUGCAUUGAAAAUAUUGGUAAGGCAGGCUGUGGAUUGAGUAGUCUUUUAAUUUUUUACAAUGAAUGUGCCACUCGGUGUUCCUCAUUUUAAACAAUCAAGAUCUGCCAGAUAUGCCUAUUUGUGAUGGUCAAUAAUUAUGAUAAAGAGAAAGGUUUGGAAAAUGUUGCAGUACUUUUGUAGUAUAUGUACUUUAAUUAACAGUCUACAGUGUCUGGGUGGUUUUUGAAAGUGAGAAUUUUCCUUUCUUAUUUGGUGAUGGUCUGAACUAACAGAUUAAUGAAAGCUUUACUAUCUGUGGUGAUAAUGCCUGUCUACAAAUGUACAUGUGUAUUCACACACAGAAAUAAUUCUGUUUUUUUUUUGUUUGUUUGCUUGUUUUGAUCAGUGUUGCAUUUAAGGUGUCCAAACAAGCAUGUUAAUUUUUAACCUUUAACUGUCCUAUUUUGCACAAUCAACAGUGUCUUUAGUUGUUGAUCAUUUCUUUUAUUCUCAUGACCUUAAAUGUGUGACUCAGUUGUGGUACUUUAAGGAGAAAUUAGAUACUUGUCACCUUUAUGGUUUUUCUAAGAAAAAGAAUGUGCUGUUGACCAAAAAGUUUUCAAAGGAAGAAAGGUGAUCAAAAGGAAAAACAGAAAAUAACUAAGAUAUAUCAAAACAUGAUGUGUUAAUGUCUGACCCAGAAAUAUUUUAUUGGCAAGUUUAUCAUUUGUUUUAAUUUUUCUGCUCAGGUUGACAGUUUUAUAUAAUUCUGCUGUAACUAUGACAUUAGAAUGAAUCUCUAUUGGCUCUUGUGCUGACUUUUGCUCACAGUCUUUGUCUCUAUGGUCUUACAAAAGUCUAUGUUACCCUUAGUUUGUAGCCAUUUGGGUUUUUACAGCAGUACAGCUAUAUUUGAUGACAUACACACCAUUAGUUUAAACAAAUGUUGUGUUUACUUUUGCAGUCAGCCCUGGCACGUCAGUCUUUGUAUGUUAAAUUUGAUCCACUUGUCAAAGGAGGAAGUUCUCAAACUCCAGGUUAGUGAUUUGAAAAUGACGAACUACACCUUGUAUAAAUGCACUAAAGCCUUGCAACCUUGGAUAAGUCUGUUGGAAAGUUUCAUGUUUAAAGUUUGUACGCUGCUUCUAGAAACAGAAUAAUUACUGUCAGGCACAUGUUCAUUGAAUAGAGUGAAGUAGAAGAGGGAUGGGUGGGUGGGUGGGUUGGGAAUGUCUUGGGCAUCACAUGGCCUCUUCUCCACUCCUGCUAGAGGGAAGAAAAAUUUUUUUUUUUGUGAGACGGUGGGGGGGGGGGUACUUCUUGCUUUCUUUACAUUCUCUUUGCCUUUGUUCUUUUUAAACGCUUAAGUGAUCUACUUGAUUUUUUUCCUUUUGUGAUAAAGUGCAACUUAAGGUGAACAGAAAGUAUUCCAUUUUGGUUAAUAAUCCCUAUUUCGGAUACUGACGAAUAACUCUUCUUCUGAAUUGCAGUCAAGCGAGGUGUUGGGAUGAGAGAUAUGGCUCCACAGAAACCUCUGAGGUAGGCUACUUGAUGGCCUUUGGUUGGUCAAUUUUCUUCAUUACAUUUAAUUUAUUUAUUCGUAUUUUUUUAAAUUUAAUAUGCAGCAUGGGCGACAACCUUCUCUUCAUGGAUUCACCAGCACCCUCCGCGAGGUCCUCAGUACUUCAAGGAAGCCAAACCAACGAAGACCAAACUCUGUUAGAACAGGCAGACAGCCCGUGCGGGGUGGACAAGUUGUUAAACUUUUCUCCUUCCGAGAUAGCUAAGGUACGGUUAAAAAUCUUGCUCGAAUCGUUCGGAUCAAUGUCAGCGUCUGAGCAACUGUGCACCCACCCCUCCCCUAGCCAAACAUCAACAGCUGAUAACAAGUUAGAGUUAAUUUUGGGUUAGGGGAGUUGCUUUGUAACGCUGAGGAAAUGAACGAUGGAUAGUUUCUGUCAAACUUGGCACACUGUAGACUAGAUAUACUCUGAGACGGAGAAUUCAAUAGACAGGAUAAAAAAUCGACUUUAGAUCGAAAGAAUUGUGUGAUAUAUAUAUAUGCAGUGACGUGUGUCUUUUCUUCAUUGUACAUGAUUACUAACUUCUCGUUGACUAGGCAACAUUCCAAGCAAUUUAUCUUAUUGUCUUAUGUAGGUUUUUUCAAAUUUCUUCUCAGUUUUGAGUCCACAAUUACCAAUAAACUUCAUAUGUUUUUUUUUAAAGAUCUUCAGUAUAAAUAUUUUUUGUUAGAAAGAGACGGGUAAAAAAAAUCCAAAAUCAAAACAAAGCGACCAGUCAAGCGAACAUAACCUAACUUAUAUAUUUGAGUUUGUCACGCAAUUUUUUUAUUGUUUAGACAAUGCGUCACAAAUGAUAUCCCCACCAGGAAAUGUUGAGUUAACUUUUCCCUUUUCUCACCUCGAGGGAAAUUUCAUUGAAUAAAGACCAAUAAAGGACCUUGAUUUAAUCAAUUACUUUUGGUUUUAUGUUAAUAUUCUGUCACAGCGAAAUGAUUAUUUGCCAGUUGACGAAAUGAAAGGAAGAUGAUGAAAAUCAGUUUGAAUUAGAGGGGAUUAUUUUCUAAAUUCUUUUAAAAGGCCCCUUUUGUUUUAUGUACUUAUCACUUACAGUUUUUGCACGCGACAUUUCGAAACUUCUACAUCGUGAAAGUCUAAUUCUGUCAAUUUGCCAAAUUCCCUCUAAAUUGAUAGAUGUCAAGAAAAGUGUUUAAUUUUCCUUACUGGUGAGAGAAAAUCCCAUUUUUGUCGGCGACUUCCCCUGAUAUCCGACGGCCAACUUCACUGGGUUGAUUUUAAAUGUUAAUGUAUGUAAAUUUUCCAUUUCUCCCAGCAUAUUCCUUCAAACUCUAGCGGAAAUACGAAGUGUUUAAAGCAGAUCUCCUGCUGUGAGGAGAUGAAAACAUUGUCUGUAUAAAUUAUUUCUGUUUUCAGGGUACGAAAACCGAAAUCGAAGAAGAAGAGGAGGAUAUAACUGUAGGAGAAUCCAACAACAUUGUGGAAACGCAUUCUGCGCCAGAGAUAAGCAAUAUUGAGGUGAAAGAGGAAGAAGCGCCGCACGACAAGGUAAACAUUGAAAUACUCUUAACUCAAGAUUUUCAGUGAGGAAGUUUCUAUUGACAAAAGUCGCUUUUGAGAAUCUUUUGUUGUCGACACCAUCAAAUGAAGCGGUAUAUUUGCGUAAAAAAUAAAAAUGUACUCGGUUUCAUAAUUUUGUGUCUUCUCGCGAAGACGUUCGUGUUACUGCUCUGGUUGUAUGAUUUUUUCAUUGGAUUUUGAGCAUUUCAGAAGAAAUUAAGCACUAUAUCUUCUUGAAUUGUCUUUCCUUAUAUACAGAUUCCAAAAUUGUAUUUUAUUUUGCACAAUGAAAGCAUUCAGAAGUAUGGUUUUAGAUGUACCAUCCUCUAUCAGAAUUUCGUUUGCCUAAAAAUGCCGAAUUCUAAAUACUUUUAUAGAAUUUUUACAAGCGGCGACCAAAACUUUUUAAAUUCUAUUUACCAGUCGCUCUUCAACUCUGGAAUUAUUUUAAUUAUGUCUGAGUAUUUCGCAUCAAGAUAUAGCUCGGUCAAAAAGGUGGAAUAUUCAAGUUCAAAACGGGGGAAAUGAUGGUAUUGUGUGUUAAAAUUUUCGAGUAGAUUUUAAAUUAACCCACCGAUAAGAAUGCAAAUUUUCGGGCUUUUUUCGGUAAAAUCGAUGCACCGUGGUAUUGUGUCUUGUUUAUUUUUCUUUUAAGUGACUGCUAGAAACAAAUAUCUGACAGAAUUCAUGAGCGAACAAAAUCCAAUAAAAGUACAAAAGGAAAACAUGUAGACGCGUUAGACUUCAAUUUCGCUUGCAAACCUCUGUGCUCCUGAGGUAAAAUUUCGAAUCAAUCUGUCAUUUAUUUGUUGAGAAAAUACCUCAAAAUUUAAGAUUAGUUGUCGGAGAGAAUUUAAAUCUAGCACGUAGUUUGAUGAAAAGUGAAUUUUGUCAUUUUAGUAAUGUAUGUUUUUAUUUUUUAAGUUGAUAUUUCGUGGUCGUUUCGCACUUUGAAAUGUAACUAAAAUUGCAAUCUGUGUGAUUUAAUCGUUACGAGAGGACUAUUUCGUGGCAGGAUUUAGAAAUUCAAACUACAUGAAACUAGGUCUGUGCGAUUAACUUCGAAGAAUGAAUUUGCAAUGAAUGAAAGAAAUAUUUCCCUAAUAUCUAAUAAUUUUCAUUUUGUGGUUUGUUUUGAUCUCAUUGCCGUCGAAACGAGUCAGUGAACAGAUGGCUUGCGGAUUCGUACCUGAGUGUUUUUGUUUUCAUUUAAUAUUAAUGGUUUGUAAGAGAGGUGACUGGUGUUUUAUCUUGUAUUUUACGCGCAUUAAUAGCACCAAUAAUCCUUAUAUGGAUCGUUACUGGGAGGAUUGUGUCUUUUCAUUGGUCAAUUUGCUUUGCAACCUGUCAGCUUGGGUGACAAGUGCGAUAAUGUUUUUUUGUUGUUUCAUCUUUAUAUUUUGGCGCUCGAAAAGUCCUUCAACGAGAUUUAGCUGGUGGCUAGCGGCUUCAGACUCGCGUUAACGAGAAAUAGCUGGUUUUAUCGAGUCUUAAUGGACAGGAUUUUAAGAUUUCAUUUAAGCGGAGCCUCUAUGACCCCUACAAAAUAAUCGAAGCCUUUUAAAGAACACAACUUUCGGCCGCAGUUAAAUGGCUUCUCCGGAUUCGCGAUGCUCGUAAUUUCCGUUGUGUUUUUUCCAUUGUUGUUGAUCUAUUGAUCGUUGCUCGAACGGAUCAAAGAACACACUGACAAAAGAUCAUGCAUUUGUGGAGCUUUUUGAAGGCUUUUGGAUGUCUGGGACAAUCUGUUCAUGAUAACACGGUGAUAAAAGAGGUUAGCUGAAAGUUAUUUUAUAGUGUUACUGUCUACAACGUUUCUUUAAACAUAUCAUCGGAUGAUAACAAAACGACUUGCACUUUGGAUACUGUACGUCAUAUGUAGAGCUCUCAAACUUGUUUCUUGUGCAAUUGUUCUCGUAUAUAGUACACUACCUCAAUUUAUCAAAACUUGCUGAUCUGCACUCAUAAUCUACUGCAGUAUUUUUAUCCUUUGUUUUCUUGUAACAUUUAAGGUGCGGCUAUUUACCCAAGAAGAAUUAGAUGCAGCUGUUAAGAAAGAGACGGAAGCUCUCCGUAAACAGGUAACCUUCGCACCUCUCUCGGUUUUACGUAGUUUUUUGGCCUAAAAAUCUACACCACGAGCCCAGUCAAUGAGGCGCAUGGUGAUAUUUACGUGGAUAUACUCUUAAUCAAACUUGAAGUGAUUGCUGUGAGUGAAUCACAAAGAAUCUAUCCAAGAGGGAGCCAAAAAGAGACUUGUAAAAUAACGAAUUUGUGAAGAAGAGAGUUUGUGUGCAUUUUGACUUGACCCUUUACAUCCCAACAUCAGAAUGCAUACUUUACACACUGUCCUCCAUACAUUUCCUUCGAUGCCAAUAAGGAGAAUUUGUGCAACAAUCCAGAGCUUUCUUAGUCGGUGCUCAUUACCUAAAUUCUCGUGACCUAAAUGUUUGAUUCAGGAGCGUUAUUAUAAAGAUAAAUUAGAUAAUCGUCACCAUCGCGACUAGCUGCGUGGUUUCCGAACACAGAGAUUACUAGUUGCAUCUUCAGACAAUUUUUUUUUUACACCUGGAUGAGAACCGAUCUCUUUUGAACUUCUCUCGUUGGCCAUUCUUUGUUUCUGCCAUUCGCUUGGCACUGUUCUGUGGCAGAGAGGAGUUUGUCACUCUUACGACUUGCUGCAUGGUUUCCGAACACAGAUAUUUCUAGUUGCAUCUUCAGAUAAUUUUUUUUUUUACCUUGAUGAGAACCGAUCUCUUUUGAACUGCUCUCAUUUGCCAUUCUUUGUUUCUGCCAUUCGUUAGGCGCUGUUCAGUAGCAAAGACGAGUUUGCGGCAGCAGUCAAAAAGGAGACCGAAACUCUACGUCAGCAGGUACGUCAGAGAAUCGCUGCUCUUCCUUUGGAUAGAAAAGAGGAGAGAUCUUAAGCAGGUCUGUCGGCAAUCGUUCAUUUUUGCGUUUCUUUUAUGUUAACAAAAAGAUGGAAGAGGAAGCUACAAUUCGUGAAAUGGAGAGCAAAGAAUUAACGGAAAGAAAUGAACAGUUAAGAAGAGAAACAGGGGAAUUAAGGUUGGUGCUUAUACUGAGAAGGAUCACAAGUUGAUUUAUUCAUUACAGUAACUUUACGUCCUAUCAGUUGACGGUUUUUUCAAAUUGAAACUGCGAGUUGAUGUACAAACUUGGUGUCAGUUUGCUAUCAGUUGGUUUGCCAGACAACAUGUACACCUUACUGUGGAGCUUAAGAUCAACCGACUGGCUGAAAACUAUCUGUUUCUCUUUUGGUUGAUUAGUGAAAAGACAGACCAAAUACCCGCGUGACAGAAUGAAAACCAACAAACUGACGGCGAUCAGUUACUCUAACCGAUCGACAGAUAGACAAAUUGAUAAAGAGUCAGUCAUUAUCUAUCUUCCGGGGGGCUGGGAGGUUUAUGGGGAUCACGUGGUUUCAGGGGAAAGAAGGGGGGAGCAGUCGUCUCUAACAGAAUUUAAGGAAGGGAGUAUAAAAGUUUACCGCUAAUCAAGGGGGGAUUUUAGAACACUUAGAAGCCUCGUGGGAGAUCAGGUAAAUUUAUUUGCGACACAACCAAAAUCCUCCGACCCCCAGGGAUAAAUAAUGAGCGGCCCCUGGUCUGACCGACCAGUUACACAGCCGGGACAGUCGAAGCCACCCCAAGACUUGAACGCCUCGGAGUAACUGACCAACUGACUAAUACACCAACUAAAUCAAUAGUCUCCAUCGCAGCCACUUUUAUGGAAUAUCACGUUACUUCCCCUCCCCUACCCCGAAGAAUUUGGAGAGCGUUGCGUUACAUCCCAAAAACCGGUUUCGAUGGAGACUAUUGAAGCAUUAAGUAAUCGACGGAUUGCCAAUCUCCUCUUUGAUUACUGAACGUACUUCCCUGUCUUUAGGGUUGUGAUGCAAGAAUACGAGAAGACCAUCGCUGAUAUGAUCGGUAACUACAGUUCCUUUUGUAAUUAACUUUGCACCUUUAUAAAAUGAUGUCUUUUGGCUAGGGAAGUCCUUCUAGUGUGAGAUCGUGCAUUCAUAUAUUAAUUUUGUUAAUUUUCAAUUGCCUCCGAGAUUGCAUUGCAUUACGUUGCAUAUUAUCUUGCGAUGAUUUGAAAAUUGAGAGCAUUGAUCUUUUUUUACACCUCCACAACGUUUAGUUGUUUUGUUUUGUUCCGUUUUGUUGGUUAGUUAGUUAGUUUGUUUGUUUGUUUGUUUGUUUGUUUAUUUAUCAUUACUUACCAAAGCAACUUUUCCUUUUUGGGUCGUCAUCUGUUGCUACAGUUUCAAAGCUGGAUGGCUUGUGGAAAUGAUGAACUUAAGCUGAACAAAAUUUUUGCUGGCUACUAUAGCUGAUUCGUUCAAUAUUUUGCCCACUGUUCGCCUGAUAUCCAGUUAUUUUUGUCUUUCUUUUUUGACACUCCUACCUCAUUUGUUUCUGGCAGAAAAAAAUCAGAAGUCACAGGACCAAUUUAAUCACUCAACUUCAGAGGUGGCGAAAGAGCGAGACCAGGUAAAAAAUGUUUCACGAUUCUUAUACUCCAACUAGCGUGAUCGGGUCGCUGAUUAAUGAAAAGGAAAUUCAUUAAUUUUUAAAACCUUUUUGUUCAAGGUGACUCCUUAUCGUGGCCAAAACAUAUCUAUACCCCUUAACUGAAUAAAGGGAAUCGUGCCGACAUUGAUAACCUUUUUCAACCACAGUUCUAUGGCGCGCAAAAAUUUCACGACAGCGAAGUUGCCUGGGAAUGUUGACUCCUUCCUGUUUUGCUCGGGUCUCCGCCGAGUCGAGGUCGCGAGUAGUGUCGAGUACAAACGUUUUUGUUAAAUAAGGGCGAAAUUGUCUCCUUUUGUGUAUACGUGAAUACCCCCUCUUAACCUGGGUAAUAAGAACGAAAACAAUCGAAUAUGGACCAAACACAAGGUAUCAUAUCGGAGGCUAUUUAUGUUCACAUAGCAGCUUUCAACUUCAGAUAGAUUAUUUCCUUGGUACUGAUGUCAUUUGUUAGCAAAAGCGCGUAACAUAACAUAUAAAGCAGAGCGUAUCGUCCAAACUACUUCUUUGUUUUCAUUUUAUUUUCUUUGAUUUACGUAGCUUCAAUCUGAUCUGACAGCGGUAGAGACGGCCUUCUCAGAUCUACAUAGGAGAUACGAGAAACUCAAGGGAGUCGUGGAAAAUUUUAAAAAGGUAUUAAACAUAUGGCUUGACUUGAUAACCUACUGCUCGCUUGUCUUGGUAAACUACUGCUCUCUGUGUCUCCAUUGAGGAUUGAAAUCUGUUGGUUCUUUUUUUAGAAUGAAGAAAUACUGAAAAAGGCAACCACUGACUACCAAGAGAAGCUAAAAAGAUCAGAAGAAAAAUAUCGCAUGUUAAAGAAACACGCUGAAGAAAAAAUAGAAAGGUUUUGUUCUGUUCUUUUUGUGCGCCAUUAAAAUUUACUUAUUUCUGUUUUUAUUUAUGAAUAUCUUAUUUUUUGAUUUGUUUUGUUUUGUUUUCAGUGCCAAUAUCGAAAUUGCUCGAGUACGGAAAUCCAACGAGUCAGAGAUAGCGGUAAUGAAAGCGGCACUUAAGAAGGAACAAACGAAAUCAGCUAGCUUAGAGAUGAGUUUACAACAAAAGGUGUGUAUUUCCUCAACCAAACCACCUCUCUUUUUCUCCUAUAAGUAAAGACACGUAGUUGUACUUUCACCUUAUGAUAUCCAUGUACCCUUUCUUUUCCAUAAAUAAGUUGAGUUUCACGGGACUUAAUGUAAUUAUUUAUAGCUAAAGCAUCGGCGCAGCGGUUUCUCCAUUAGUGAGGGGCGCUGAAGGAGAGUUCAAGGGGUAUUACAAAGUGCUUUUGCUCACUUUACCUUGUUGAUUGGCUUUCUUUGUUACCUUUCCCCCUCCUCCCCCACUGUUUUGUUGGUGUUGUGUUGACAAGUGCCCGGAGGUGGGCUCUGGCUCGGUUGUUACGGCAAAAAUUGCAGCUCUUCGUUGUCGCUACCUUUACGGCACCUACCCUCUCGUACAAUUGAUGAGGUGUUUUGAAUACGUUUUUCGCUCCUUUUUUCCAGAUAUCCGAAAACGCCGAACUCACGUCGAUUUGCGACGAACUUAUAAACAAAAUGGGAGGACAGCGAUCAUAGCAGCACUAGUGAUUUUGUCUCUCCUUUAAAUUCCUGCUGGUUCUUGUCUUUUUUGGGGGCAGAAAGUUUAAAGAUGUUGUAUAUUUAGCGUAAGUUUUGUGGAGUAAGCGGAGGGCGGUCCAACGGUGAGAACACAGCGACUCAUCGACUCAAUUUUCUAUUGGUCAGUGGUGGAUCUCAAGACUAAUUUAGUGCUCCUUCCUUUUACGACUGUUACAGAUGGUAGAGAUAUUUAUAUACCGUCCUUGGAAAAAUUCUUGGGCGUCUGUACAGUUGUAACUUUAGUUCAUAAAACCUUCUUUUGUAAUGGCUCUUCCGCUUUAGGACUGCCUGUUAGAUCAUUGUUGGAAUGUAAUCUUACUGUAAAUUCUCAAAUUCUGUCUUUUCCAUUCGACUAGGAAAAAAAAAAAGAAACAAUUAAGUUAAUACCUUACCUUGUUCUAAUAGAACAAAACAUAAACAAAAUGAUACAAGAAUCAAUGUAUAGCGCGCAAAGUUGGUCACGCUUGUAGCAAUAUUGUACAUUACUGUCUCUUACUGGGCAAGACUGGACACGAACUAAUUAAGGGUAGAGAAAUUCUGGAUGAUUUGAUAUGACUUCGAUUUCCUUUUUCGGUUGCCGAAUUUCAUCAUAUGUAAAAGACCAUAAAAAUGACCGUCAUGUAUUGACCAGCGAAUGAUUUCAACAGGAUAUUGUCGAAUGAUAAUCUUUGGGUUUAGUUACCGAAGCAAGCAUGAGGUGCUGUGAUGUUAGUUUUUUUGUUUGUUUCUUCUAUCCAUUUCUUUUUGUCUGGCGAAGCCUGAAGUGUCACUAAAUCAUAUGUACAAAAUGAUCAGCUAAGAAUGUUUUGUGGCUCUACUAUUCCGCCGCAACCCUCUCUACCCGGGAAAACUUAAAUUUAAAGAGGUGAAAACAAUUUCCAAAACUUUACAAGGUUUGUAGGUGAUAGGAAAAAAAGGUUAUCGAAUGGUUCCCUUUGAAAUGAUAAACAAGAACAGAAAUGCUAGAACAGUAGUGAAAAGUAGCAGGAAGUCGUAUAGUUCCGUGCUUGG